UUUUUUUAUGUCCAUAAAAAGAAUAAAAAGGAUGAUUAACUGCUGUGUGUGUCGGAAAGAAUAUUGUUCUCGAUUCCCACGACAAUUUCACAGUUUUCCAAUAGAUGCGAAAAGGCGAGAAAAAUGGUUUCAAAGCAUUGGUCGUAAUAUCAGUGCUUACAGGCGUGCACGAAUUUGCAGUGACCACUUUACAGAAAAUGAUUAUAAUAAUAAAAGUAAAAGAUUAAAGAAAACUGCAGUUCCAUCUGUUUUUAUGCAAAGAUUUUGUAAAAAUGUAAAAAAAGACUUAAUAAUUGAAACACAGCAUGAUUCAACAAGCAGUGACGAUCAGAAUAAAUCAAUAAUAGGCAUUCAUAAAUCUACAAUGGAUAUUCAACAUGAUAAUCAAAAUGAAUCAAUGGACAUCCUACACGAAUUUCCAAUGGAUAUCCAAAAUGAAGUUACAGUUUUGAGUGACACAUGUAUCACAGAAAGUGACACACAUAUCACAGAAAGUAACACACAUGUCACAAAAAAUGAUACACAUGUCACGAGAAGUGAUACACGUGUCACGAGAAGUGGCACAAGUGUCACGAGAAGUGGCACACGUGUCAUGAGAAGUGACAAACGUGUAACGAGAAGUGACACACGUGUCACGAGAAGUAACAUCAGUCAACGAAGAAAAUGGUCUAAGACUAUGAAAAACGAAAGGAUGAUGUUAAAAACUGGUACAGGUUCGAUAACAAAUAAUGCCAUUUGUAUUCCGCAAGACGACGACGACAUUGUAUUACUUAAUACUAUAUUAUUUGAUGAGUAUACGAGAAAUGAGCAAGAACUUAAUGAGCAUCAAGAAGUGAAUGUUGAAGCAAAACAAGAUUCUGUAAAUAUUUAUAUGGAUCAUGAUUAUUUUAUACGAAUUAAUUGGUACUUGACUGAAUAUGUUGAAACAGUAAUUACAUAUAUAUCUGACUAUAUAGUUUCUAAUGUUAUAAACAAAAUUAAUUGCCUUUUUUGUAAAGAAUUGCUCAUUGCUAACAUAGCACAAAAGGAAUCGGAUGCAUAUAUUGACACGCUGUGUCAAGCAUCAUGUGAUGUUAUUGAAAUAUGCAAGACAGCAGAAAAAAUUUUAAAACAUAAUCAAGACAAAUUAUUUAAAACAGACAAUAUAUUAGCUGAUUUAAUAUGUCAAUCGUUACGUGCACUUUCUUCAAAUAUAUUUAAUAUGAAUAAACAUAUGGAACAUAGGCAUCUGCAGAUAAUUAUUACACAAUGCUCGUAUGCAGGUAAAGUGGAUCAAUAA